AUGACCAUGAAGCUAUUGGUAUUGCUUUUGUUUGUGACCACAGCCUGUGCCCACAGGAAUCGAACGGCAGCUCAUCACGAUGGUACUAAAGACAUCAUUGUUAACGGCUAUUUCGCCUAUCCGAGCAAGGUGCCCUACGUCGUGGGCCUCCGGCUGAGCAACGGAGCCAGGUGCGGAGGAUCCGUAAUCCACAACAAUUGGAUCCUGACAGCUGCCCAAUGCCUGACCACCGACUCGGUGGAGAUCCACUACGGUGCCAUUCGGGUUGAUAAUGGUAGGAUCAAGCACACUGUGACGCGGGAGGAUUUCUUCCGUCAUCCUGGAUAUCCCGAUGUCGGUGGCCAUGAUAUCGGACUCAUACGUACUCCCUACGUGGGUUUCUCCUUCUUUAUCAACAAGGUCUCACUACCCAAUCUCAGCCAAAAGGGUGAACGUUUCGAGAACUCGUGGGCUGUGGCCUGCGGCUGGGGAGGAACUGGCAGUGGAAAACUGGCCGACUGGCUGCAGUGCAUCGAUGUGCAGGUCAUUAGCAACAGCGAGUGCAUCAAGACCUAUGGAUCUGUGGCCGACUCCAGUAUGUGCACCAGUCCAAUUGACGGAAAAUCCGUGUGCGGUGGCGAUUACGGAGGGGCACUAGUCACCCAUGACAACAAAAUCCAAGUGGGCGUAAUUGCUUUCUCCGCCGCCAGCUGCCAGGGCGGCCCAUCUGGUUAUACCCGUGUCACUGACCACCUGGACUGGAUCCAGGAAAAGUCGGGAGUUGCUUAUUACUAAGUUGGAAAAAUGUACACAAAAUAUAUUCCUAAUGAACUGCAAAAUAA